CCAGCUGUGUAUCCUUAAAGAGCGACUGGUCAAAGGAGAUUUGUGAAAACCUUAAAGGAUGUCCUUCUGCUGCCGAGAGAGUGGACCAGGAGAGAGUAGAGGUUUCAACUGGUCAGUCUGCACUGCAGCAUCAAACACACCUGGACUCUGUGUUUAUGUGGCUGGAGGACGACAUCACCAUGUAUGUGAAGAAUGAGCUGAAGAAGAUCCAGAAGGUUCUGAGACCAGAUCACCCAGAAACCUUAAAGAGCCAGAGGGAGGGUGAGGAGAUGUUUGAAGGUGAGGAUGAAGGUCAAAGCAAGAGCUGCAGAGAAUCAUUUCUGAAGAUCACAUUACACUUCUUGAGGAGACUUAAGCAGCAUGAGAUGGCUGACCAUCUGCAGAGAAAAAUAUUUGCUCCACUCUGUAAACGUGAACUUAAAGCCCAACUGAAGAAGAAGUACCAGUGUGUGUUUGAGGGGAUUGCUAAAGCAGGAAACCCAACCCUUCUGAAUCAGAUCUACACAGAGCUCUACAUCACAGAGGGAGGGACUGCAGAGGUCAAUGAUGAACAUGAGGUCAGACAGAUUGAAAAGGCGUUCAAGAAAUCAAAAAGACCAGAAAAAACAAUCAGACAAGAAGAUAUCUUUAAAUCUUCCCCUGAAAGAGACAAACCAAUCAGAACAGUGCUGACAAGGGGAGUGGCUGGCAUUGGGAAAACAGUCUCAACUCAGAAGUUCACUUUGGACUGGGCUGAAGACAAAGCCAACCAGGACAUCCAGUUCAUAUUUCCAUUCACUUUCAGAGAGCUGAAUGUGCUGAAAGAGGAAAAGUUCAGCUUGGUGGAACUUGUUCAUCUCUUCUUUACUGAAACUAAAGAAUCAGGUAUCUGCAGGCUUGAAGACUUCCAGGUUGUGUUCAUACUUGAUGGUCUGGAUGAAUGUCGACUUAAUUUGGACUUCAACAAGACUAAAAUCCUGACUGAAACAAUGAAGUCCACCUCAUUGGAUGCGCUUCUGACAAACCUCAUCAAGGGGAACCUGCUCCCAUCUGCUCGCCUUUGGAUAACUACACGUCCUGCAGCAGCCAGUCAGAUCCCUCCUGAGUGUGUUGACAUGGUGACAGAGGUCAGAGGGUUUACUGACCAACAGAAGGAGGAGUACUUCAGGAAGAGAUUCAGAGGUGAGGAGAAAGCCAGCAGGAUCAUCUCCCACAUCAAGACAUCACGAAGUCUCCACAUCAUGUGUCACAUCCCAGUCUUCUGCUGGAUCAUUGCUACAGUUCUGGAGGAUGUGCUGAAAAACAAAGAGGGAGGACAGCUGCCCAAGACUCUGACUGAGAUGUACAUCCACUUCCUGGUGGUUCAGGCCAAAGUCAAGAGGAUCAAAUAUGAUGGAGGAACUGAGACGGAUCCACACUGGAGUCCAGAGAGCAGGAAGAUGAUUGAGUCUCUAGGAAAACUGGCUUUGAAACAGCUGCAGAAAGGAAACCUGAUCUUCUAUGAAUCAGACCUGACAGAGUGUGGCAUCGAUAUCAGAGUAGCCUCAGUGUACUCAGGAGUGUUCACAGAGAUCUUUAAAGAGGAGAGAGGACUGUACCAGGACAAGGUGUUCUGCUUUGUCCAUCUGAGUGUUCAGGAGUUUCUGGCUGCUCUUCAUGUCCAUCUGACCUUCAUCAACUCUGGAGUCAAUCAGCUGGAAGAACAACAAACAAGCUCUCAGACAGAGAAAGACUUCUAUCAGAGUUGUGUGGACAAGGCCUUACAGAGCCCAAAUGGACACCUGGACCUGUUCCUUCGUUUUCUCUUGGGUCUGAAAACUAAUCAAACUCGUUUGCAAGGCCUGAUGACACAGACAGGAAGUAGCUCACAGACCAAUCAAAAAGCAGUCCAGUACAUCAAGAAAAAGCUCAGUGAAAAUCUGUCUGCAGAGAAAAGCAUCAACCUGUUCCACUGUCUAAUAGAAUUGAAUGAUCGUUCUCUAGUGGAGGAGAUCCAGCAGUCCCUGAGUUCAGGAAGUCUCUCUACAGAUGAACUGUCUCCUGCUCAGUGGUCAGCUCUGGUCUUCAUCUUACUGUCAUCAGAAAAAGAUCUGGAUGUGUUUGACCUGAAGAAAUAUUCUGCUUCAGAGGAGGCUCUUCUGAGGCUGCUGCCAGUGGUCAAAACCUCUAAAAAAGCUCUGUAA